GAUUUUUAGAAGUCCGGGGACGUCACGUCAUCCUGUACUCAAAAUCUUUCUCCAAAACAAAAAAUUAUCUCACACUGUAAACCCAAUCACCAUUUAUCUCUUUCCCAUCUCUUACGUUACAUAAAAAUGGCGCGAAAGCGCAUGGACGGCCGAAUUUUCAGGCUGAUUCGUUAUGGUUAUUUUGAUUGGUCUCUGAAAUUCGACAAACACGUCGAAAGAAUCGUCUUCACCAGGCAACAGAUCGAAGAUCGCGCAUCCGAGAUAACCGCCGACUUCAGGGGAGAUCCUCCGGUGGUCGUCGGCGUCGGCUACGACGGCUCCGUGCCGCUGUUUCUUGCCAGACUUGUCAAGGGCAUUAAACUCAGCUUCACUACCACCUCCGUCCGGAUCGUGUCGCGCGCAGACACGAUUACUUUCGAGGAAAACCUCGAAGUCCGGGGACGCCACGUCAUCUUGUUUAUGAAUCUUAUGGUUGAUCUGGUUGAGAAUAUUGUGGAUACUGGGAGAAGAUUAUCCUGUCUGAUUGACCACAUUGCAGCUAAAGGUGCAUCGUCCAUAUCUGUUUGUGCGCUAAUCGAUAAACCAAAAUGCCGACAAAUCGACAUCGAACUCGUCGGCCAUGGAAAGUAUUACUGUGGCUUUGAGUACUUUUCUGAUGAUCUUCUUGUGGGUUAUGGAUUAGAGACUGAUAAGGCGCACGAGAAUUUGCCUAAAACCUGA